UCCUGGCACCCCAAAUAUGCAAGGUCACCUAGCCUUCUUUAUGGUUACUACUACUCACUAACUCCCCUUGCCUCCGUUGCUCUCCCUGCAAUAUUCCCGAUCAUUUCCGAAACAAAUCAUACGCACCUCUUUCCCAUUCCCAGUGAAGCUAUAAUCUAACCUACCUCCUUUUAUUAAUUUCUCUGUAUUUGCAACAACUUAACAUGGUAGUCUUGUCGCAUACUUCAUUAGAAAGUUAUCCUUUCGUCCAAACAUGCAAAUCCGACUGCGCUUUCCCUUCGAUACCGGAAAUAGACCUUACCAACCCUCACGCAGGUUCACAUGUAGUGAAGGCCUGCGAGGCCUAUGGAUUCUUCAAGGUUAUUAACCACGGAGUCUCCAUGGACCUUAUCGCUCCGCUCGAAUCCCAGGCAUUAAAGUUCUUCAGCUUGCCCCAGUCUGAGAAAGAAAACGCCGGACCCGCCGACCCUUUUGGGUACGGCAGCAAGAGAAUUGGAGCCAACGGCGAUGUGGGUUGGGUCGAGUAUCUGUUUUUCAGUGCCAAUCAUGAACUCACUCCCCACAAACCCAUCGCCAUUUUGGAUGAAAACCCACAAAUUCUCGAGAAUGCUGUGAAUGAGUACGUAUCAGCUGUGAAGGCAAUGGCCUGUCAUCUUCUGGAACUAAUUGCGGAUGGGCUUGAGAUUGAACCGAGGGACGUGUUCAGUAGACUGUUGAAGGAUGAGAAGAGCGAUUCCCUUUUCAGGAUGAACCAUUAUCCGCCAUGCCCAGAGCUUCAGGCGCUGAGUCUGAGUGGUCUAAAUUUGGUUGGGUUUGGGGAACACACAGACCCACAGCUAAUAUCUGUCGCAAGAUCUAACAACACCACUGGACUGCAAAUCUCACUCAGCGAUGGCACUUGGGUCUCUGUACCACCCGACCAAACCUCCUUCUUCAUCAAUGUUGGGGAUUCCCUGCAGGUGAUGACCAAUAACAGGUUCAAGAGCGUGAAGCACAGAGUUUUCGCUGACAGCACCAACACUAGGGUUUCAAUGAUAUACUUUGGAGGCCCUCCACCGCAUGAGAAAAUCGCAUCCCUGCCCUCGCUCCUUAAGGAAGGUGAAGAAAGCAUGUACAACGAGUUCACAUGGUCUGAGUACAAGGAGGCUGCGUUCAGGACGAGGUUGGGUGAUAACAGGCUCGGUCCAUUUGAGAAGAAAGCUGCUGCAGAAGGCCACUGAGGCAGAGAAACUCUUAAUCCCCCUUCUUUAGUUUAUAUAUAUAAUGUAGUAAAAUAGGUCUGUGUCCAACCUGUAACAUUGUUAAUAAUGUUGACUCUACUAGCACGGGAGAAAACAAAUGGUUUUCUUUUUU